AUGGCGGACGACGCCAUUUUGGUGGUGUCCGACGGUUCUGAUGACGUCACAACCACCACAGUCUCCUCGAUUCUUACAACGAUCGCAACAACAUUGCUCAUCUCAACUAGCACACCACAAGCUCUUCUGAACACCACAAAAUAUCCGCCGCCAAAAAAUUGGACACCCCAAAAUUCGGAAAAUUCGACACGAAGACCGCGUUGGUUUUUUUUUUAGAUUUUCACUUUUCACCUGUCACACGGUCUCCUGACUCAACAAAAAAAACAUGUUGAAUUCAGCUGUCUCUCUACAGUAUUCUGAUUUUUGGCUCAAAAAAUCAGAUUACAUAAAUAUCAGCUGCUUUGAGCCCCCCUAAUUUUGCUCGCGCGCCCCAAAUUUUAUUAUCUAGGCGUUGUCAAGGUGUUUUUUGUUGCGGAGCUUGUGAGCCUAGGGGUACGGUAGGUAGAUGAGCAACAUCUUGCUCAUUUCUUCUCUCUCUUCAAGCUCACUGACUGAAUUAUAAUUUGCGGGUUAGUUUUUGUCUUAUCUUUUGAUUUUGCUUUUCACUUUUCAACAAGCAAAAAAAAAGUUUGAGAGGAUAUUUUGUGUAACACUUUUGCUCCGACACAACCUAGUCACACACAAAAACUAAUCAAUCUCUCGCUAAUUUUAUUACUAAAUAGAACCUGGCUCAGGCUUAGGCUAACUGAUUUUGGAGCUGGUUAGAGCUUGAGAUAUUAUGGACGAGUUAGUUAGGAACUUGAAGGCCGAUGAUUAUUUGAAUGUUCUGAACAUUUUGAAUCACUAUUUUCUGUGGAAACAGCAAGGCCAGGUGGAUGAGGGUAAGGUUAGGGGAAGGUUAAGGGCCUAAAAAUCAUUUGAGGUCUUUAGGAGUGAUUUCGGGGAUUGACGAACCCCAUUUUUGAUUUAAGGAAGUCACAAGAGGUUUUAGGAAUUUUGAAAAAUUUUCAGGGCUUCUGGGAAACCCACGAAAUCCAAAAAAAAUCUAGAAAACGUGCUGCAGAAAAAAAUUUUUGAUAUAAAACAUUUUUGAAACAGUGAACUUUUUGGAUGAAACUCGGGCCCUAGAGGAAUCAAAUUUAUGGAACACUCAGAAGUUUUUUGAAGAAAUUUUGAAACAGUGAAUUUUUUAAUCAAAGGAAAUUUUGACUGUUUUCUAAUUUUUGCGCAAAAUUGAUGUGGAAUUUCAAAUAUAUCAACAACGUAGCAGCAAUACACCCAAUAUUUUGGAAAAUUUUUGAAACAGUGAAUUUUUCUCGAUAAAAAAUGAGAAGAUACUCACUUUUUUCAAAAUUAAGACAAUUUCCGCGAAUAAAAAAUUUUGAAAUGAAUAUUUAAAUUUUCUUGUUGGAUUUUUCACGUAAAAGUGACGGAAAUUAAAUUAAAUUUCUUAAUUUCUUAAUUUUUCUCGGGUCAUAGACACAAUUCAGUACUGAAAAAAAUCUUCCAAUUUUUCAAUUUUAAGAUUUUUGAAACAGUGAAUUUCUGAAACUAAAAAUCGGGAAACGUCACGGAAAUCAAUUUCUGAAAAUUCUGAAACAGUCAAAAAAUUCAUUGAAUUGUUUUUGUCCCCUCAUCCAAAAUUUUCCAGACAUGGGUGCCACAGUCUCCUCAAUUGUUCCCGACCAAGUCGCCUAUGGUGUAGUGGCCUGUAUCACCGUCGGCGUGCUAAUAAUCAUGCUCUACAUGGCACUUUUCGGCCAGCGAAUUCGAGCAACCGCCGCCAAAUGGCACGUGGUUAAUGUCAGCGUGUGGGGCAUUUUGCAUCUGGUGAGUGAUAUGAGCAAUGGGUUGUACAUAGCAGAGAUCACCAGCAGCUGACGUUCGAACAUUUAUAUUUUUUAAAAAAUGAGAUUUUCAGGCCGCCUACUGUUCGUAUGCCACCAAAGCCCCUUGGCCUGGUUAUAUCACCAAUACAGAUAUCACCAAAGCCUCGCAACAAGUCGAAUGCAUUACUCGUUCAGUUUUCCCAGCCGGCAUGAUUUUCGUGUAUCUCGAACAAAUCAUCCUAACAAUUGCACCAAGAUUGGCCAACUCGCUGAUCUUCAACACCAUCUUCUUCAUUCUGCUCAUUCCGUUUUUGAAUCUCGUCUUGGUUUUUCUCUAUUAUGCACAUGUGAGUUGUGUUAAUCAAACCAACCAAAAAAAACUUGUUGAGUAAUAAGAAUUGGGUUUUAUUAUAAUGUUAGAUUUAAUUAGAUAUUUCGCGCGCGCUCGCUCGACUAAACAUCGGUUUUUGAGACGUUUUUUUUUGAGAAGUUUGGGGGAAGUUUUGAGAGCGGGGGACUGAAAAUGAGUGUGACGUAGUCAAAUUUAAAAAUAAAAAAAUCAAAAUUUGAAAAAGUUUGGCAAACGUGACGCCUGGUUAGAGAACUUGAGCACAAGAUACAGACUGACAGAGUACUCAAGAUACAGACCGACAGUGGAACAGGGGAGUGAUAGAAGCAGACAGCUAGAGUUUGGUCAGAGAUAAGAGAUGCAGACAGGUUGGUUAGAGAACUUGAGCACUCAAGAUACAGACUGACAGUGAAACAGGGGAGUGGUAGAAGCAGAUAGAGCUUGAUUAGAGAUGAGAGACACAGACAGCUAGAGCUUGGUUAGAGGUAGACACACAGCUGAAACCUUUAAAAAUUUGAGAGAUGCAGAGAAACAUACUCCUGGCAGAGGCACAGACUGUCAAAUAAAAAUAUAUUGAAGGGAAAGCUAGAGCCUAGACGACGAGAGUAGGUAAGAGAUAUAGAGUGGAGCUACAGCUAGAUCCACUUUCCUCAGGUUGAAUUUUGAGAGACGCAGAGAAACAUACUCUUGGAAGAGAUACAGACUGCCAGAGCCAAGAGUCUAGACGACGAGAGUCUAGACCUCGGUCAGACAUGUAGAGUUGAGAGUGAUAGUGAGCUGAAGAGACGCAGGCAGCUAGAGUUUCUGGAAGAGCUACAGAUUGCCAGAAACAGAUAUAGUUAGUUAGAGUCCAGACAACGAGAGUCUCGGGCCACUAAAUUUAGUUAGAGAGACGCAGACAGCUAGACUAUUUUUUGCAGUUCAUGGACUACGAUUGGUGGUACGAACCAGCCGAUCUCUUCAACCUGGGCACCUACGUUCUCUUCGUCACCUUCACCAUCAUCUAUUUCCUCUUCUGCCUCUUCGGAACAUGUCUCUGUUGCGCAACUCUCACCUCCAACAAACCAACGUCGCGUACAGUCGGCACAUUUGCCGAUAUGUGGCUGUUGUUCCCCUACGGUAUGAUCCCAUCAAUCAUGUACGGCCCGAGUUUUGGUAUGACAAGUGUCAGCUUCGCCAUGAAAUAUCUGUUGACUUGGGUAAUGGAAUCGGGAUUAUUGGGCGGCGGAUCGAGUAGCUCGGGUGGCUCGGCGAUCAAUAUGAACCUGAUCAUUCAAGUGAUGACUAACGCGAUCCUGGCGAUGCCCUGGUUUGUUCUACUCUUCCCGUUGGUUGAAGCCGUCUUGACAUUGGUAUGCAUUCGUAUGUUCCGCGAACAAUUCUUCUUCACAAUGGCUUGCGGUCGGGUUUAUGAGGGGCAAAAGGGGAGAGUUGGAAUCAUCAAUAAACAACCUGAAGAAUGGGCUGGACCACCGCCAAUUUAUCCGACUUUGAAACCAGAAUAA